AGAGGAAUGAAGACAUUCAGGAGGCUGAGUCGGGAAAUUGUUUUCAAAUGGUUUCUUGUGGCUUCUCAGCUUGAAGACUUUUCAGUGACUGUAUGUCUUUUUCUACACAGGCGAUGCUCCAGUAGACCUGAUACUGAGUCUUCCUGGCUGAGAAAUGCUUAUCCCCAAGCACAGGAGAGCCAUGGCUGGUCUUCGAGGGAAUGCUGUAACCUGCCUCCUUGGGAUGCUGUUGCUGUGGAGUGGGGAGAAUGGCUGUCAAGCCCAGAGGGCAGGUUGCAAAACUGUCCACUAUGAUCUGGUCUUCCUCUUGGACACCUCUUCUAGCGUGGGAAAGGAGGACUUUGAGAAGGUCCGGCAGUGGGUGGCCAACCUGGUGGACACCUUCGAGGUUGGCCCAGACCGCACCCGCGUGGGGGUCGUCCGUUAUAGUGACCGGCCUACCCCAGCCUUCGAGCUGGGUCACUUCAGCUCUCAGGAGGAGGUCAAGACGGCCGCGCGGCAACUGGCCUACCACGGAGGCAACACCAACACGGGCGACGCGCUGCGGUACAUCACCCGCCACAGCUUCUCCCCGCAGGCAGGCGGCCGUCCGGGCGACCGAGCCUACAAGCAGGUGGCCAUCCUCCUGACCGACGGCCGCAGCCAGGACCUGGUGCUGGACGCUGCAGCCGCGGCGCACCGCGCUGGCAUCCGCAUCUUUGCAGUGGGCGUAGGGGAGGCGCUCAAGGAAGAGCUGGAGGAGAUCGCGUCCGAGCCCAAGUCUGCACACGUCUUCCACGUGUCUGACUUCAACGCCAUCGACAAGAUCCGUGGCAAGCUGCGGCGCCGCCUGUGCGAAAAUGUGCUAUGUCCGAGUGUCCGUGUGGAAGGAGAUCGCUUUAAGCACACCAAUGGAGGAACCAAAGAAAUCACAGGUUUUGACUUGAUGGAUCUGUUUAGUGUGAAGGAGAUCUUGGGGAGGAGAGAGAAUGGAGCACACAGUGCCUACGUCCGGAUGGGAACUUUCCCUGUGGUGCAGAGGACUGAGGAUGUUUUCCCAGAGGGCUUGCCUGAUGAGUAUGCCUUUGUCACAACCUUCCGGUUCCGGAAAGCAUCUCGAAAAGAAGACUGGUACAUCUGGCAGGUCAUUGACCAGUAUGGCAUCCCACAGGUGUCUAUUCGGCUGGAUGGUGAGAACAAGGCGGUCGAGUACAAUGCCGUGGGUGCCAUGAAGGAUGCUGUCAGAGUAGUCUUCCGUGGUUUCCGGGUCAACGACCUCUUUGACCGGGAGUGGCACAAGAUUGCUCUCAGCGUCCAGGCCCAGAAUGUCUCCCUCUACAUUGACUGUGCACUGGUGGAGACACUGCCCAUAGAGGAGAGGGAGAAUAUCGACAUCCAGGGAAAGACAGUGAUUGGCAAGCGCCUCUACGACAGUGUGCCCAUCGAUUUUGAUUUACAGCGAAUCGUCAUCUACUGUGACUCCCGGCAUGCAGAACUGGAGACGUGUUGUGACAUUCCCUCCGGCCCCUGCCAGGUGACGGUGGUGACGGAACCUCCACCUCCUCCCCAGCAGCUUCCCACCUCUGCCAAUGAACAGCUUGGAUUUCUGAAGACCAUCAACUGCUCCUGUCCAGCUGGACCAAAGGGUGAAAAAGGCUUUGAUGGUCCAGUGGGACUCCCUGGUCCAAAGGGGGACAGUGGAGUCACUGGGCCAUCUGGACCUCCUGGACCCAAGGGAGAGAAAGGAGACAUGGGAAGAGGACCUUUUGUCCAAGGAGAAAAGGGUGAAAAGGGUUCCCCAGGCCUGCCCGGUCCCCCUGGGAGAGAUGGCAGUAAAGGCAUCCGGGGGGAGCCAGGAGAGAUGGGAGAGCCAGGCUUACCGGGUGAGGUGGGCAUGCGGGGAUCCCAAGGACUACCUGGACUUCCUGGACCCCCUGGGCACAUUGGACCUCCUGGUCUCCACGGAGAGCGGGGUGAAAAGGGAACACGAGGAGAAAAGGGGGAGCGAGGCCUGGAUGGAUAUCCUGGGAAGCCUGGGCAGAUGGGAGAGCAGGGAAGACCUGGUCCUCCUGGUGCGACUGGACCACAAGGAGAGAAGGGUGCUGUGGGGCCUUCGGGACCUCCUGGUAUUCCAGGCUCUGUGGUGCAGAAAGAGGGCCUGAAGGGUGAGCAGGGUACUCCUGGACCACGGGGUCACCAGGGCCCACCUGGGCCUCCAGGAGCUCCGGGUCUGAUGGGCCCAAAAGGCGAUGAUGGACAUCCUGGUUUACAAGGUCUUCGUGGGAAGAAAGGUGAAGCAGGUUCCCCAGGGAUUCCUGGAUUGCUGGGGCCACAGGGCCCUCCAGGACCCCCUGGUCUUCCAGGACCCCCUGGACCUGGGGGCCCACCGGGUUUGCCUGGAGAAAUUGGCUUCCAAGGAAAACCUGGACAUCCUGGACAGGCUGGGUCACCUGGAAAGGAUGGACUGAAUGGGUCACCAGGCCUACCAGGACAUAAGGGAGAGCCAGGAGAGAGAGGGUUGGAUGGUCUUCCUGGAAAACCUGGCCUUCAGGGUGAAGUUGGGGAACGAGGUCUUCCAGGCCAACCUGGAGAGAAGGGGCCAGCAGGUCUUCCCGGUGCUCCAGGAUUCCCUGGUUUGAGAGGAGAGAGGGGCGAGCAGGGAGAGAAAGGUGAUCUUGGACGCCCAGGAUUGAAAGGUGAACGAGGUGAAAAGGGUGAGACUGGUCCAGCAGGACCCCCAGGGUUACCAGGAACUCCAUCUCUGUUUACACCAUACCCAAGAUUGCCGGGAGAACAAGGGCAGAAAGGAGAGAAAGGUGAUCCAGGAGCACCUGGAAAGCUGGGAUCCCAGGGUCAUCCUGGAGAAUUAGGACCUCAGGGACCCAUGGGACCACCGGGUGCCAAAGGACAAGAUGGAGCACCUGGGGCUCCUGGAGCAGCUGGAAGCCCUGGCACUCCUGGACUUGUUGGUGCCCCUGGUCCCAGUGGCCCCCCAGGAAGUAUGGGUCCUCCUGGCAUCAGAGGCCCCCCUGGAAAAGAUGGUGAGCGUGGGGAGAAGGGGUCAGCAGGUGAAGAAGGGAGCCCAGGACCAGCUGGCCUCAGGGGUGAUCCUGGUGCUCCUGGGCUCCCCGGACCUCCUGGGAAGGGGAAAGAUGGAGAACCAGGACUUCGUGGACCACCUGGAUUACCUGGGGCACUUGGAAUCAAGGGAGAACGAGGUCUGCCUGGAAUUCCUGGCUCUCCUGGAAACCGUGGUGACCCAGGCAUUGGAAUUCCUGGCCCUCCUGGUCCUUCUGGAGCAACAGGAGACAAAGGGCCCCCGGGAUCUCGAGGUUUACCUGGAUUCCCUGGCCCUCAGGGACCAGCUGGACAGGAUGGUGUACCAGGAAAUCCAGGAGAAAGAGGGCUUCCUGGAAAACCAGGCAUCUCUCCACUACUGUCUCCAGAGGACAUAGAUCUUUUGGUUAAGGAUGUGUGCCACGACUGCCCUCCUGGUCCCCCAGGGCUCCCUGGUAUGCCAGGUUUUAAAGGGGACAAAGGUCUCCAGGGAAAGCCAGGGAGAGAAGGCCCAGAAGGAAAAAAGGGAGAUGCUGGACCCAGAGGCCUUCCAGGACUCCCAGGAAUAGCAGGUCUACAGGGAAAUAAAGGAGAAAAAGGUGCACAUGGUGAAACUGGACAGAAAGGUGAUCAGGGUCAUCCUGGAGUUCCAGGAUUCAUGGGGCCUCCAGGAAACCCCGGACCACCGGGAGUGGAUGGAAUUGCAGGAGCUGCCGGACCUCCAGGAAUCCAAGGAUCACCUGGGAAAGAUGGUCCUCCUGGUCCACAAGGCCCAUCUGGAUUACCUGGAAUCCCAGGAGAAGAAGGCAAAGAAGGCAGGGAUGGAAAGCCUGGUCCUCCAGGAGAGCCAGGAAAAACUGGAGAGCCAGGUCAACCAGGAGCAGAGGGCACCCGAGGCCCUCCUGGCUUCAAGGGACACACAGGCGACUCAGGUGCCCCUGGUCCCCGGGGAGAGCCUGGUGCUGCUGGGGCCCCUGGCCGGGAAGGGUUGCCAGGAAAAGAUGGUGACACAGGACCCACAGGACCACAGGGUCCACGAGGAUUGAGGGGCCCACCGGGAAAGAAUGGAUCACCUGGACCACCAGGAGACCCUGGUUCUCCAGGAAGCCCAGGUCAGAAAGGAAAUAAAGGAGAAAAUGGCAGCCCAGGACUUCCUGGAUUUGUGGGUCCUCGAGGACCUCCGGGAGAACAAGGAGAGAAAGGAGUCCCAGGAAAAGAGGGUACUCCGGGGAAACCUGGCGAAUUAGGACCCAAAGGAGAAAGGGGUGAUCCGGGGAUCAAAGGAGAGAAAGGUCCUCCUGGUGGAAAAGGACAGCCUGGAGACCCUGGAAUCCCAGGUCACAAAGGCCAUACUGGACUGAUGGGUCCUCAAGGACCACCUGGAGAAAAUGGACCAGUUGGACCCCCGGGGCCUCCAGGCCAACCAGGAUUUCCUGGACUGAGGGGUGAAUCUCCAUCAAUGGAUACCCUGCGGAGGCUCAUCCAAGAAGAACUCGGGAAACAGCUGGAAGUCAAACUUGCCUACCUCUUGGCCCAGAUGCCCCCUGCACAGGUAAAGGUAUCUCAAGGCAGACCUGGGCCUCCAGGACCUCCCGGAAAAGAUGGGUUCCCAGGCCGGGCCGGGCCUAUGGGAGAGCCAGGACGACCUGGGCAGGGUGGUCGGGAAGGACCUUCUGGACCGGUGGGCCCCAAAGGUGAGCGAGGAGUCAAAGGCGAUCCAGGUGUACCCGGAAUUGGCCUCCGAGGAGAGAUGGGCCCACCUGGUGUCCCAGGUCAACCUGGAGAACCGGGUUAUGCCAAAGAUGGGCUCCCUGGGAGUCCGGGCCCUCAAGGAGAGACAGGACCAGCAGGACAUCCUGGUCCUCCAGGCCCACCUGGCCCCCCUGGUCAGUGUGACCCAUCCCAGUGUGCUUACUUUGCCAGCCUUGCUGCCCGUCCAGGCAAUGUGAAAGGUACCUAGAAGAUUCCGGAAAGCAAGGAGACAGAGGAGGAUUUCUGAAACUUGAACUUAAAGCUCUCUGUGGGAAUCCAGAGGUCUUGAAACAUUUCAAUUAUGAGUGUUUUUCCUUACUUUUAUCAUAUGUUUUUAUUUUAUUGAGAGACCUCAAUAUUAUUAAAAUGAAGAGAUGCUGCCGGUCGGUCAGAUUGUUAUUAUUAUUAUAAUUAUUUUUAAUUAUUAUUAUUUCAUGUGAUGAUGGUUUGUGUGCUUUUUACCUCUAAAUUGGGACAACUUGUUUUAUGGGGUACUGGAUUGUUCUCAGUUCUCAAAAUCCCCUUUGCAAUGUAUCCACCAAUUUAAAGGAAACUCUUGGUGCUAUGAAUCCCUGACAAGACACUUGCCAAAUUUACCUCUUUCCUCCAAGAAAACAUUUUUAAGAAAUAAAACAGUGAGCAUCUAUUCUUGGUCUUGCCCAGAGAUUGCCUGGAGAGAAAUUGUCAACAAGUUGCCACUUACACGGAGAAGAAGAUGAAGUAGGAAGAGAAGAGAAUUAUAAUUACAUAGAAUGUUCUUCCUAUGAUGCAAAGUUCACACAAUCAGCCCAGCCUCAGGCCUCAGGGAGCAAUGGCCACUGCUGCAGUGUUUCAGGUUUGCAGGAGGGAAAUUGUGUGUCAAGGGUUGUCAAGAGCUCUGAGGAGUUCUGUGUUUAUGCUUAGUUAAAGCAAUCCCUGUGUCUUAAUUGGGACCCCUUCAAGUUUCUCAUUGUUGGUUUCACUCAAUUUGUUUGUAAAAUAAGGGGUCCAGUGACCACUCCUGGUUUU